GACCUGACCUGCAAGCUCCUCCACCUGCUCGAUUCACGGGCUCGCACUCCAAUUAUACGUUCUACCUCGUUCAUAAUGUCCGAUACCACCGCUGCUGCUGCCCAACUCCCUCAACUGACCAAGCAAGAAUCUUACCUAGCCGCUUUCGAGGACGAUGAACUCCUCCCCAUCAUCGCCAACAAGCGGCCCAUUCGGACAGAGAGGGACCGCUUGGGGUUGGCACAAGAUCGAAUAGCUGGGACUGCUGGAGGGUCUUUGGCGCUACACGAUGAGCUCGGGGAACAGUUGGCAGGGAUGUCACAUCAACUCAAACUGAACGCGAUGCACUUUUCGAAAUCGCUCGAGGAGGAGAAAUCAAUCCUCGAAUCCUCUCAAGGCGUACUCGAAAACAACCUCGUCAAGACCCAAGCCUCUAAAUCCAAGCUAUCCUCCGUCUCGUCCAAAUCGAGGAGUACGACCUGGUUGACGAUCGUCUCCCUCCUGGUCGUCAUGAUCGCUUGGGUAUGGACGUACCUCUUGAUCCGAUUCACAUAAAGAAGAAUGUGUACAUUGAAAAGCUGGACGCCAGAUUGAAGGUGUCCUCGAGGCAACCACGACAAAGAGACAUAGAGGAUGCCUGGUUUUAACGACAAAUAACGAUUACGGGGCA